AGAGAUUUUAUUGUUGCAAUAAUGUAAAAAAAAUACAUAAAUAAAUAAGAGUUAUUGAAUGACAGAAUGGACUUGAGGACCAUGACAGUUGGAAUAGUGUUCUUCCUUCAGAUGGCACUUGGUAUUCUGGGAAACUUCUCUCUGCUUUUCUACUACCUAAUCAUUUACUACAAGGAACACACAUUGAAGAAAAUAGAUUUGCUUCUUAUACAUGUAUUCACAUCCAACGUCUUGAUUAUUCUCUCCAAAGGAAUCCCUGAAGUAGUGAGAGCUUUUGGAUGGAAGCAGUCAUUCAGUGAUGUUGGAUGCAAACUUACUUUUUAUUUUCAAAGACUAGCCAGGAAUAUGUCCAUUAGCACCACCUGUUUCUUGAGUGUCUUUCAGGCAAUCACAAUCAGCCCCAGAAACUCCUGCUUGAAGGAAUAUAAAACCAAAACUACAAAGUUCAUUGGCCUGUCAAUUUCUCUCUGCUGGAUCCUUUUCUUUCUAGUAAAUAUGCUUUUCCCCAUCUAUACAGCUACCAAUAGGAAUAAGAAAAAUAAGACACAAAAGAGAGACUUUGAAUUUUGCCACUCUAUAGGUCGUGACAAACUAGUAGCUAUAAUAUAUACAGCAUUUUGUGUAUUUCCUGAAGUUCUAUUUUCUCUGCUCAUUGUAUGUUCCAGUGCUUUUAUGAUUGUCAUUCUUUAUGGACACAAGAAGAGGGUUCAACACAUUCUCCACACUCAUACCUCCCUCAGAAAUUCUGUUGAAAACAAAGCAACACAGACCAUCUUGAUUCUGGUUUGCACAUUUCUGGCAUUUUAUACUCUCUCUUCAAUUUUACAAGGCUAUAUUUCUCUUUCAGAUAAUCCCAGUUGGUGGGUAAUGAAUAUCACAGCCAUAAUUUCUAUGUGUUUUCCUACAUUAGGCCCAUUUGUGAUGAGUCGCAAUUUCACUUUUUCCAGAUUCUGCUUUAACUUCAUGAGAAAUUAA